AUUAUCCCAAUUAUGUCUUGUCCUAAUACCAUUACUUGUACACCAGUUGCUGGCUGGCUAACCAAAAUGAUUCCUUUGCCUUUCGGUAGAUCUCGUUGGAUAUCAAGAUUCUUCGUCUUGCUCGAUUCUGAAUUACGUUUUUAUAAAGAUGAGCAUUCAGAUACUGCAUCACAAAUAUUAAACCUGAGGAGUGUGUGCCAAGUCAUUCCUGCUCCUACCACACAACGUCCUUUUUGCUUUAGAUUAGAGCCUCAAAAGUACACUAUUGGAAGCAUGUCUCGACCUUGGAUUAUAGAAUGUAAAUCAGAAACUGACAUGGAAAAUUGGAUUGCUGCCAUUCAAAGUCGUAUCACUAAAUAUGCAUCGCCUUCUUCUUCCCCAUCUUCAUCGCCCGCUAUUUUAUCACCAAAGACACCUCAUGAAACCAAUUCAACAAGAGUAGUAUCUAUUUACAGCAUGGUAAAUAAUGUUUCUCCAGAGAUUUAUCGUGUAGCAGCUCUUCCUCUUCGUUGUACAAAUUUGACAUUUGACGACCAAGAAAAAGAAUCUCUAUUGAUUCGUCGAAACAAGAAAUUAGCUCCUAUUGUAACUCAACAGCAGGCUGAAGCUCCUCAACUUUCUGCCUAUUCUUCUGCAUCAAGCAUUACACCAUCACCUACUGGAGCAGUUUUAGGACCCCUCAUUUCUCCUAGUAUCAUUGAACGCUAUAGCCAAUACAACCACAAGAGCAGCAGGCCUCUACCGAUCAUUACAAAAGGAGUAUAUAAUGAUGUUCGAGAGGAAGAUGAACCAUCAUCGCCUACUUACUUGAUGUACAAGAAAAGAUUUGGGUUGUAAUCACUUGAGCCUAUUGUACUAUUUAUAUCCCUUAUUAUUGUAUUAUCCUUUAUAUAUCUAUCACUUAUUAUCUCCAUUAAUUACCAAUAAAUAACAAAUAUUU